AUGACCAAGUUCAACAAAAAUCUCUGUCGGAAGUCGGUGCCAAUGGCGACGGCGGGUUUUCGCUACCAAGAGUUAAAACAGGGGUAUGAAAUUGAACAUCGGAGUGAUAGUAAAUCGGGGAUCGGAAUGUUGGGGCGAGUGAAUUUUGGUGCAAUGAAUCGGCCUCCAACCGGAAGUGAUAGUGAUUUUUUGUGUGGUUCCGGCCAGGGCGAAUUAACCGCCGAGCAGAAGCUGAAAUUGAACAUCCAACAGUUGCAGAUCCGGCAAAAGCAGUUGCAGUUGACCGAGUACGACGAUAAUAGUGAAAGUUCUGAGGAGCACGUGCUGGCACCGGCCUCUGGUUGCAUGGCCAGCCCUAACCGGCCUUGCCUGACAUGGGCCUGUAAGGCAUGCAAGAAGAAAACCGUAACCGUGGACAGGCGAAAAGCUGCGACCUUGCGAGAACGAAGACGCUUGCGGAAGGUCAACGAAGCUUUUGAAGUGCUGAAGCGACGGACCAGCACGAACCCAAAUCAGCGGUUACCAAAGGUGGAAAUUCUCCGGAACGCAAUCGAGUAUAUCGACAGUUUGCAGGCAUUACUGGAGGAAGCACCCCCGAUUCGACAGAGUCCGGAUAUCCUCACCGAUAGCAGUUCGACAUCCAGCUUUUCGACAGCACAAGACUACAUGAGCUGCUGCUCCAACAGUUACCUGCGCGAACGGUUGCACCAACUUAGCAAGGAUAGCGAUCGCUACUCUCCGAUCACAGGCCACACACCGGCAAGCGCGGCAGCCAACGGCUCAAGCUUAGAUUGCCUAAAUCUGAUCGUCCAAAGUAUUACCAACGUGUCUACGAUGGCUGGAUCGGCAUCAUCGGUACCAGCGUCGAAUGGCCACAGCAGUGCCAUAUUGCAUCAAAUCUCCUUCGCGUCCCCGCCGCCAUCGUCAUCGGCGUCUUCCGCGUCCUCCUCGCCAUCGUCAGCAGGGAUAGCAAUAAAUCCAACCAUGACGAUGACGACUACGACGGCACAUUCGCUACCGCGAGGGAACUAG